AUGAUCCCUCUGCUAUCGCGCCUCCUUGAUACUCAGACGACUGCCUUCCAGGCGCACACGAGGCACGCGCCGCAAUCAGAGUUGCUCCGAGGUAUGCGAGGCCCGUCCAUCGCAACUUUUGCCGAUCACGUUCUCAGGGGCGGCCGGCGAGAGCGAGAUGUCAAGCGCGACCGUCUCAGUACCUUACAUGUCGAGCCUCUGGCUGGUUCCGAUGUUCUGGAGCAAACCCUCCCACUUCCUGUCCUCAUCUGUGUGUCAGCUUCAGCUUGGUUGAGAGGGACCGCUGUAUUCCUGCGAUGGCUGUCAGAUACUGUAGCUGGGCAUACCUUGCACGCCAGGGCUCCGGCGUAG